AUGUCUGCAGCUGCUGAACUGGAGCACUUCAUUGGUUACGGUGGCAAGCAUCUUGGCACUGUGUGCUACCAUCCCUCAGAGGCGGAAACGCUGAUUUAUGCGGCAGCUUCAGCCAUCAUCGUCGAGAACGUGAAUGAUCCGCACAAGCAAGAGUUCUUGAGGGGGCACGAUGCAGAGGUUUCAGCUCUCGACGUUUCCCUGAAUGGCAAGCUCCUGGCGAGUGGCCAGCUCGGUUCGCCAAGCAGGAAGGGAGCUGUUGCGCCGGUAGUAGUUUGGGAUUUUGACAACCGGAGUCGGUACAUCGACUUCCAUGGUCUAGCACACUCAGUCCUUUGCGUCAAGUUUUCGCCGGAUGGACGCUUCCUUGUUGCAGCGGGUGCCAACCAGAUGCUGUAUGUCUGGGAUGUCUCAACCGGAGAAGUUGUCUACAAUCGCAGGACAGAGAGCCCGUGCUUCCUUGGUGUUUGGGGUCCCAUUCUGGAAACUGGGCGAUAUCCGUCCUAUCAGCUUUGCACGACCUACGACAGCCAAGUUCUGUACCAUCUCAUGAGCUUCGACAUGCGGUCCAUGUCGUAUUCACUUGGCAGUGAUGCCAUGCAAUUUCCUCCUUCUGGCCUGCAGCGGAAACACAUCUGCGGCCUGGUGGUCGCAGAUUUCCUGAUAACAGGUACAUCUGCCGGAGAUAUGUGUGUGUUCAGCUUGAAGACGAAGGUUUUCCGCACGGCCCUUCCCAUUUGCAACAACGGUGUUACAGGGAUAGCGCAGUAUGGAGACUUCCUCUUCGUGGCUGGCGGCGACGGUCGGGUCAAAGCCGUUCGUGGCUUUGACACGCACUGGGACGUCCUCGCAGAGAACGUGCUAGAAGCCGGAGUGACGGCACUGACGCCUUCGGCUGAUGGUGCAGAACUAACUGCUGGUACAAGGAAUGGCAAGAUGUGGAGACUUCUGUCCUCGGAUCUAACAGCCACCUUGCAAAGCGCCUCGCACACUGGCGAGGUGACAGAUAUUUCGUUUGGAGCGAAAAGCGAUGUGGUGUGCACCACAUCGGACACCGGUGAGGUCUUCCUCCUGGACCUUUCGGACUACAUGCCCGUCACUUCGGCCCUGGCGAAGUCACCGGUUCGAAGUGCCGUCAUUGCCAGCAAUGGAGAGAUCCUUGCUGGUUAUGACGAUGGCUUCCUGCGUGCCUGGUCUGCCGAUAAGGGCAGCAGCAGACUACUGUGGCAGGUGAACUGUCAUAGGCAAGGGGUGACAGUGGUGCGGGAGUCUGCCAACUUCAUCGUGACCGGUGGUGGAGACAGUGCCGUGCGCUUCUGGCAGCGAAGUUCGAGGGAACUCCUAUCGUCUUUCCAAAACCACCGCAAGCCAGUAGCUGAUCUCGUUUUAGACGAGGUGAGUCCACAUGUGGUUCACUCUGGAAGCGAGGACAAACUGGUUGUGACGUAUGACCUCAAACAGAACAAGGCACUCGUCCAACACACAUCGCUGGGUGGAAACAUCACAAACCUGUCGCAGCGCAAAGACCGCGACAACGAGGUGGUAAGUUGUGCGCAAGAUGGGAAGCUCCUGUUCUGGGACGUGGACUAUCCUGAUCCAACAGGCUGCAUUGACAGCCCAACGGGGAUGCCGCUCCGACUGCGGUGUUGCGAAGUGUCCCCGAAUGGUCGCUACAUCGCGGCGGGUUGCGAUGAUUCUAGGAUGUACAUCUACGACCUGGUCUCGUGUCAAUGCGUACAGGAAUGCGACGGACAUUCAGGUGGGGUGUCGCAGGUUCGCUGGAGCCCAGACCAGAAGCAGGUCAUCAGUGCAGGGAAGGUCUUGGCCUUGACCGCUCCACCAUACCCACUCUGCGCUGACGUGCAAAAGGUAAAUGGCUCCACCCAGACGCUCGACUGUUUGCAUUUCAAUGACAUUGCUUUCGACCAGAAUGAGCCUGCUGAAGAUGCAGACUCUCCAAGGCUUGUGGACGUGGACCAGGUGCCGGCCGUGCGCCCAGCCGCCGCGCCCGUUGCCCUACCAGGGGAUCGCUUUGACAGUCUGCGAGAAGCUGACGCAUACGCCUCGGACACAGAGGCUAAUCUCGGAGCCGGCCCGGAAUCACAGGUGCAGUGUCCGCCCCCGGUUGAGUUCCAGCGGCAGGCGCCGCGGGCGCGGCGAAUGGUGUUGGACCCGUACGCCAGAUCUGGUGACAGUGUCCGUGAGAACGCCCCAGAGGGCUGUCCCACCACUGAGUUCAAUAUAGAGAAUCUGCCUCCAGUCAUGCAAAACGAGAUCGAGUUUGCCAUCAAGGACUGUCGCAAGUACAGCAGCGGCACUUCGGUUAGAUCAGAGUGCAAGACUGUGGGGAACUUCCGCUUCAGGUUGCUGAUAUUUCCUGGUGGAACUCAAACCGCUGGGGGACAGCAGGUAUCGGCCUUCGUUGAGGCAGACCCUGUGGAGGGGCUCGACCCCAGGUGGUGCUUCCAUGGCGUGAAAUACCAGAUCAGUCUGGUAAAUUGGACAGACUACCGAAGAAGUGUCACCAAGUCCGAUAUCUGGUCCUUUUCCAAAGACGGCAUCGACCGCGGCUGGCAUGACAUGGUCAGAGUUGCGGAGCUGAUGCCCGAAAGCGCCUGGGUUGGGCCUGACAACACCCUGCUCUUCCGGGCGGCAUGCUAUGUGCGAGCUGCAGACCAACUGAAUUUGCCUAAUGAUUAUAGCUGCAAGAAGGAGACGGGCUUCAUCGGCCUGAAGAACCAUGGAGCGACUUGCUACAUGAAUGGCUUGCUUCAGAGCCUGUUUCAUGUCGGUGAGUUCAGAAGGAUCGUUUACUCCAUUGAGAGCGAUGAUGAAGCCGACAACACCGAAGACUUGGAUGGCAAGCCGCAGUUGAUCCAGGCUUUGCAGAACGUGUUUUACAAGAUGCAAUUGUCCGACCAGGCAGUGAACUGCAAGGAGCUCAUGAAGUCUUUUGGGUGGGAUACGAUGGAUGCAUUCACCCAACACGAUGCACAGGAGUUGAAUCGAAUUUUGUGCGAUCGGCUGGAGGAGCGGAUGAAGAACACACCUUCGGAUGGAUCCAUCAAGCGACUCUUUGAAGGUGAGAUGGAAAACUAUAUUGAAUGUAUGGACGUGGACUACAAAUCUCGACGAAAUGAAACCUUCUACGACAUACAGCUGACCAUCAAGUCUGAGAGGGGCCAGGAACUGCAGAACAUCGCUGAGUCUCUCCACGAUUUCACGGCAGAGGAGACGCUGGAAGGCGACAAUGCAUACGAGGCCGAGGGCUAUGGAAAGCAACGCGCAAAGAAGGGGAUUCGUUUUCUCAGGUUCCCACCAGUGUUGAACCUGCAGCUGAAACGCUUCCACUUUGACCUGGAGAAAAUGGACAUGGUGAAACUGAAUUCCCGCUUCGAAUUCCCACGCGAGCUCGACCUCAGCCCCUUCAUGCCAGAUGCAGGCAGGUACAACUUAUUCGCAGUUGUGGUCCACAAUGGGGAUGUCAACAGCGGGCACUACUAUGCUCAUAUUCAGCCAGAUCCAGAAAGAGGAUGGUUCAAGUUCGAUGAUGAGAUGGUGACCCCAUGCAGUGAAUUUGCUGCUAUAGAAGAUAACUACGGAGGAAGUGAUCUCGGAGUCUGGAACUACUUCGACCACGGGCCCCAUGAACUGCGCGGCAUGGCUCCACAUAGCAAGCCACGGAUUCACAACGCGUAUUUGCUCAUGUACAUCCGCGAGGAUCUGAGCAAACAUAUCCUGACACCUCCAGAUCCCAAGGUUGUGAGCCCAAAGCUUGUCGAUCGCAUUGACCGCGAGGCUCAUUUGGCGGAGCAGCGCCGCAGGGAGAGGGUUGAACAACAAACCAAGAUCAGGAUCAAGUUGGUGACGGAAGCCGACCUUUGCCAAAUGACUGGUUUCUGGGACCACCAGCAAGUCCCGUGCAGUCAAACGUACAAGUUCGGACGGGAGAGCCCUGUGAAGGACCUCAUGGAGCAAUUUAGCCAAGAGACGGGCGUUGACCAGAAUCACAUGGCUCUGUUCGUGCUUCAGUAUCGUUCCUCACCUCCUCAAAUCAGAUUCGGCUACAUGCAGCUCGACAGCGCGUUCAAGUUGCACAUCCCUCCAUAUGGGGCUCCUCACUUUGAUGUGAGUGAUCCCAAACUCCUUGUCCUCGUGGUUAUGUCACGAGGAUAUAGCGUGCGCAGCCUCAGAUGGAGCAGAGAGGGUGAAAAGCCUGACGACUUGUCGGCUUGGGACGAGGAGAAGGUGACCAUGUUGGUGGUCAAAUACUUCUGUGCUCAGACAAAGAGGAUCGUGACUCUUGGCUGCUACUACCUGCCCAGUCACGAGACGUUGAUGCGGAUGGUCGCAGACGGCUGGAUGUCUGAAAAGCUCGAGCGCAUGAUUCGCAGCAAGCAGGUAGCACCGCCUCCAGAAGAGGCAGAUGUAUGGAGCUGCUGGGAGGAGUUCAGCAAGCAUGAUCUCCAGUUGCGGAACACCAGAAGAUCGGUCAAGCUUGAGCAGCUCUUCUCGGGUGAUGCGGUUAUCUGGCAGAAGAUGCAUGCUGAUGACGAGAAAGAGGCACGCACUCCGCUCGAGGUGCAGAUCGACCCUGACAUCCCACCAGCGUAUCCCAUCCUGACAGUUGCAGACCUAGCUGCACAUGAGGCCGAAGAGGCGCAUCCAGAUCCGCACGUUCUCGCACGGUCGCGACAAAACAAGCCAUUGACAAUCAAGCCAUAG